GAAGCGGAAGCCAGGGGCCGUGGCUUCCCAACCAGGAAGCCUGGGAAAUAUAGUCUUCGGCGCUUUAGGCUCGCUUGGCUGCAGGGCCGGCACCAGUGGGGCGUCCUCCCCGCCGCGCUCCCUCGCGGCUCCGCCCGGGGGACCCUGGUUCUCCCUCCGUCAGGCCCGCGACAGCGGUCGCCCAGCAUCAGGCAUGCGUAGAGCCAUGUCCAGGCCAUCUCUCAUCACAUUUACUCCAGCCACUGACUCCAGCGACCUCUGGAAGGAUGGGCAGCAGCAGCCACAGCCAGAGAAGCCAGAGCCUGUCCUGGAUGGGGCUGCAGCCCGGGCCUUCUACGAGGCUCUAAUCGCGGACGACAGUAGUUCCCCUCAGCCCCAGAGAGCUGACCCUAUCAGGGAAAGAAAGAGGAAGAGAAGGAGAAUAACGAGGGAUGCUGCGGCAGGAGCCUCGGGGCAAGGAAGACCACUUGAGGAUGAAGACAAGAUGACCCCGUGGAUCUUGCUGGCAGCCCAGAAUGGGGAUGUGACAGAACUUCGAAGGCUGCUGGAACCCCAAGAGGCAGGGGGAGCCGGAGGGAACAUCAAUGCCCACGAUGCCUUCUGGUGGACUCCCUUGAUGUGCGCUGCCAGGGCAGGCCAGGGGGCAGCUGUGCGCUAUCUCCUGGGCCGAGGGGCCGCCUGGGUAGGGGUCUGUGAGCCGGGAGGCAGAGACGCUGCUCAGCUGGCUGAAGAAGCAGGCUUCCCUGACGUAGCCCGCAUGGUCAGAGAGAGUCCUGGGGAGAUGAGGAGCCCUGAGAACCAGAACCGGCCUCCUCCAACCUCCCGGUUCUGUGAGGACUGUGGUGCCCAUUUUGAAGACCCCAACCACCGUACAUCUACUGCCCACCUGCUGUCCCUGUCCAGGAGCCCCCAGCCCUCCAGCCUUCCCCUUGGGGUGCCCACCUCCAGUCCUGGCUUCAGGCUGCUGCUGAGGGGUGGCUGGGAACCAGGAAUGGGGCUAGGACCCCGGGGCGAAGGCCGUGCCAACCCCAUUCCCACUGUCCUCAAGAGGGACCAGGAAGGACUGGGCUACAGAUCUGCACUCCAGCCCCGAGUCACGCACUUCCCAGCGCGGGAUACCCGGGCUGUGUCUGGGAGAGAGAGGGUGCCUCGAGUUGCCACACUGAGUCAGAGGGAGAACAGGAAGAGAGAGGAGAUGGACAAAGCCUGGGAGCGAGAUCUGAGACUGUACAUGAACCUUGAGUUCUGACCAGGCAGGCUGGCCUUUAAUUUGCUGGACUUGGGCCCCUGGCCUGGGUAUUGGACUCCUACUUCCUGGGAUCUGCCUAGAUGCCAGACCCUCGGGUUCUGGCUCUUGGCCUCUGCUUAUAGAGAGAAUGACUGAGAGUUGGGAGAUAAAUAAACUUCCUUCAUUGUG